AUGAUUGAGCGAAUCAAGGCCGGCUCAAACUCAUCAACAUGUACAUCGCCUGCAAUCAUUUGCUUGGAGUCUGGCAACAAGGUGGACGUGUACAGACACUUUAGCAUUGGAGAUAUCAUAGAGAGAUCGACAUUGAUGAGCGAACAGCUGUCCAAGCAUUUAAAUGAUAAGUUUGUCGCAUUGUUCAUGACAAACACCUUUGACUCAUUAUGUCUGUUGCUUGCACUUGAAUUUGUUGGUGCAUCAGUUGUACUGUUUGGAGCCAACCUCAAACCUUCCGAGACACUCUCCUUGCUUGACCGUGCCCGCACACCAUACAUCAUUGUGCCCGCAGGCAUUCAGCUUGCAGAGGGCUCAUUGCCUACAACUGCUUUGGUGUGCCAGUAUGACAGAUACAGAGUACUAAGGACUGAGUGGACAGAUGUCAACCGUAUCAGAGAGGUCACGGACCAACCAAGUGUCUGUCAAUUGACCAGUGGAUCAACAUCUCGUUCAUCAAAGAUAUCCAUUCGAUCAUGGCCAGGCAUUGUUGGUGAGGCUGUGGCCGUCGCCUCAGUGUUGGAUAUGAAGCGCGAGGAUGUAGUACUUGUCAACUCUGCAAUCUCUCACUCAUACGGUCUUGUUGGAGGCAUCAUAUCAUCACUACUAUGUCAAUCUCUAAUUGUAUUGCCAAUGUCUUCUCUUUCAGAUCUCGACGUCAUUGAGAAGCUACAUCCAAACCUGUUGAUCAACUUAAUGUUUAGUGUUCGCAACUCUUAUCUUUGGUUAAGUCAACAGCAACAACUGGCAAACUGUAUCAACAACAAACAUCUACGAAUGGCAAUGUGCGCAGGUGCUCCAUUGUUGGCUGAUCUCGGUCAAGCACUACAGGAUAAACAUGGCAUUAGAUUGAGAGCAAACUAUGGUACAACAGAGACUGGUACUAUCACAAUCGACGUCGUCUCUGACUCUACCUCUGUCAUUGGGCAUCCAGUGCCACUUGGUCCACUGCUACCAUUCUUCGAGAGUAGACUUGAGGACAUCACAACAAGCAUGUCUUCUGGCGCUACAGGUCAAAGUGACGCUCCUCGAGAGUUGUGGCUGAGGUCACCUUACUCAUCCCUCGGAUACCUUGGUGACAAUGGAGACAUUCGCCAGGCAGUAGACGCAGAAGGUUGGUUCCACACGAAGGAUGCUGUGUCGACUACAACAACAACUGCACUCACACGCAUUGACACACUAUGGUAUCAUCAUCGCAUUCGAAUGGUCAACAUCUCUUCCAAUAAUGGCAAUGAUGAUGAAGAGGUGGUGGUGGAUCUGAAUGCAAUUGAAGGAUAUAUCCUUCAGAAGUUUGGACAUCAUAGUAGUGGUGGUGGUGUGGUGAAGGAUGUAGUUCUAGUCGACGAUAACAACACACUUACAUUGCAUGUUGUAGUGGUUGUUGCGGAUAACAUCCAGAUCCAUGACAAGGCAACUCGUACUUUACCUAAUCAGGACGAUCUCUUGGAUCAUAUAAGGCAAUGUCUUGACAGCCUACUUCUCCGAUUUACACAUUCAAAGGCGACCAUUCCCACUUCGGUAGUGUUUGAUGCCCACCUGCCAUACAGUCCUGCUGGCAAACUAUUACUUAAAUAUAUAUGA